UUAAUGAUCUGUCACAUCAAAAGAUGAAACAUUUGAUACUAUUAUGUAUUCUUAUUCUUCUUAACGUCUUUUUUGUAUCAUCGAAAAGUUGGAAAAAACAUGGGUCGCAUCACCGGAAAGGGUCGAGAAGYUCGACGCUCACUUCAAACAAGAAGAACAGCUCAGAUACAACGAAAAGGCAGUUUUUGCCGAUGUUUGGAGGAAUGUCUCCCUUGGGAGGACAGCAUAUUCAUCGWAUAAUAGUCCACCAUCAUCCAGAUCAAUCGUUCUGCCAGCCUGAGCCAUGUCAGAACGGCGCUACCUGCACUGUUAUAUCACGUGGCUACGAGUGUACCUGCCCCGAGGGGUUUAUGGGUACUCAGUGUGAAUUAAGAAGCCUAUGUGAACCUAGUCCUUGUAAAAACGGUGGCACGUGCUAUGACGUAGGSCAAGGCUACGAAUGCACAUGCGCAAAAGGUUUCAAGGGAGAUAAUUGYGAAGAUAUUAACAAGUGUCAUCCCAACCCUUGCCGUAACGGCGGUAUGUGCACGGGGACUAACAACCAAAAAGGCUACGAGUGUACUUGUAGAGAAGGAUAUAAAGGAGAAGACUGUCAAGAGGUGAACCUGUGUGUACCCGACCCAUGUAAGAAUGGUGGUUCGUGUACUGAGAGGGGAGGGGGUAGAUUCGAUUGUACUUGUCCAUUUGGCUUUAAAGGAAUCACUUGCGAAGAGCGCAGUAUUUGUUUCUCGAACCCAUGCCUUCACGGUGGGUCAUGCGUAGAUGAGAUGUCUGGAUACCGAUGUAGUUGCAGACUGGGUUACGAUGGAAACAAUUGUCAAAAUCACGUGUGUAGUCCCAGUCCCUGUCAUAAUGGUGGRACGUGUUUAGAGGAGAAUGGGUCGGCCCGAUGCAUCUGUAUGAUGGGUUACCAUGGUAAUCACUGUGAGCAGGUUAGCGCAUGCGUGUCUCACCCCUGUCUUCAUGGAGGUACUUGUAUUGAUACGUCAUUCAUCAACCCUAACGUACCAUGGAGAAGAUCGUACUUUAUGUAUGGUGGACCACAAAUCAUGAAUCCUGUCAUGUCAACGUCUUAUGUUUGUAAAUGUGUCACACCUUAUGCUGGCCCAACCUGUGAAGAUGACCGCUGUAAAUACUGCAGUGUACACGCAGAAUGCAUUGUUGGGCAUUGUGUUUGUAAGGAGAAUUACCAUGGAGACGGCAGGACAUGCCACAAAAACGUGUGCCAUCCCAACCCAUGUAAGAAUGGUGCCACCUGUGUUCCUACUGAGGACUCUUAUGAUUGUGACUGCGUACUCGGGUGGACUGGACCCAACUGUGAGACUCGUCAGUACUGUAAUCCUAAUCCUUGUCAGAACGGAGGAACCUGUGUUCCAAUAGAAAAUGGUUACAAGUGCACAUGUCUCAGUACCUUCGAGGGCAACGACUGUGAAAAGGCGAAUCCAUGUUCACCAAAUCCAUGUCGAAAUGGAGGAACUUGUCGUGAGAUGAACAACGCGGCGACGUGUGAAUGCUCGGUACAGUAUGAAGGCAACAUGUGUGAAGUUGAUAAGUGUGCGAAGUGUGAUUCACACGCGUCCUGUGAGAAUGGUAAAUGUAGAUGUAACGAAGGAUAUGAAGGCGACGGAGAAACGUGUACACCUAAAGGAGUUGAAGUGCUACCAUCCAUCCCUGCGCCGUCACCCUCUCCUGUCAUCGUACCCCCUCCUCCCCAGGUACACGUACCUAAACCUAUUGAGGCUACACCGGGUGCAGCAGGCAUCCCAGAACCUGCCUACGAACCAGAACCAGCAGAACCGAUCCCCGCUCCUCAAACCGAAAAGCUCCCGUACCCAGCUCCCGCCGUUCCUGUACCAGCACCCUCCCCAGCACCCUCCCCUGUUCCCUCCCCUGCACCCGCACCCGCCCCCGCCCCUGUUCCUCCUCCCUCCCCGUCUGGUCCAUUCGAGGGGACGAUUGGAGGGGAUGACGUGCCAUCAAAUGAUGAUGACAACGAACUAGACAACUUAAGUCGAACCAGUCCCUGCGCGUCCAACCCUUGUCAAAAUGGCGGACAGUGCAUUGACAAUGGUAAGGGAGGCUAUGCAUGUAUGUGUGAAGAAGGUUUCUCCGGCGAGAACUGUGAACUUCCUGUUGGAGCAAGGCCACCAGAAGAUCCAUGCAAGUCCAACCCUUGUAAGAACGGUGGAACAUGUCACAAUGCUAACGGUCAAGCAAUAUGUGAAUGCUCGAGUGGGUUUACAGGUGAUACUUGUGAGCUGCCAGUAGGACAGAGACCUCCUGAUGGCGGCGAGGGAGAACUUCCAACAGGACAAAACAACAAGUGUCAUCCCAACCCCUGUCUUAAUGGUGGUACCUGCCAUGAAAAUGGCUCAGGCUACGAUUGCUCUUGUCAGCCACAGUACAGCGGUCCUAACUGCGAGAAUAUUGAUAGGAUAUUAAUUAUUAUCUGUCUUGCAGUAAGAAGCCUAUGUGAACCUAGUCCUUGUAAAAACGGUGGCACGUGCUAUGACGUAGGSCAAGGCUACGAAUGCACAUGCGCAAAAGGUUUCAAGGGAGAUAAUUGYGAAGAUAUUAACAAGUGUCAUCCCAACCCUUGCCGUAACGGCGGUAUGUGCACGGGGACUAACAACCAAAAAGGCUACGAGUGUACUUGUAGAGAAGGAUAUAAAGGAGAAGACUGUCAAGAGGUGAACCUGUGUGUACCCGACCCAUGUAAGAAUGGUGGUUCGUGUACUGAGAGGGGAGGGGGUAGAUUCGAUUGUACUUGUCCAUUUGGCUUUAAAGGAAUCACUUGCGAAGAGCGCAGUAUUUGUUUCUCGAACCCAUGCCUUCACGGUGGGUCAUGCGUAGAUGAGAUGUCUGGAUACCGAUGUAGUUGCAGACUGGGUUACGAUGGAAACAAUUGUCAAAAUCACGUGUGUAGUCCCAGUCCCUGUCAUAAUGGUGGAACGUGUUUAGAGGAGAAUGGGUCGGCCCGAUGCAUCUGUAUGAUGGGUUACCAUGGUAAUCACUGUGAGCAGGUUAGCGCAUGCGUGUCUCACCCCUGUCUUCAUGGAGGUACUUGUAUUGAUACGUCAUUCAUCAACCCUAACGUACCAUGGAGACGGUCGUACUUUAUGUAUGGUGGACCACAAAUCAUGAAUCCUGUCAUGUCAACGUCUUAUGUUUGUAAAUGUGUCACACCUUAUGCUGGCCCAACCUGUGAAGAUGACCGCUGUAAAUACUGCAGUGUACACGCAGAAUGCAUUGUUGGGCAUUGUGUUUGUAAGGAGAAUUACCAUGGAGACGGCAGGACAUGCCACAAAAACGUGUGCCAUCCCAACCCAUGUAAGAAUGGUGCCACCUGUGUUCCUACUGAGGACUCUUAUGAUUGUGACUGCGUACUCGGGUGGACUGGACCCAACUGUGAGACUCGUCAGUACUGUAAUCCUAAUCCUUGUCAGAACGGAGGAACCUGUGUUCCAAUAGAAAAUGGUUACAAGUGCACAUGUCUCAGUACCUUCGAGGGCAACGACUGUGAAAAGGCGAAUCCAUGUUCACCAAAUCCAUGUCGAAAUGGAGGAACUUGUCGUGAGAUGAACAACGCGGCGACGUGUGAAUGCUCGGUACAGUAUGAAGGCAACAUGUGUGAAGUUGAUAAGUGUGCGAAGUGUGAUUCACACGCGUCCUGUGAGAAUGGUAAAUGUAGAUGUAACGAAGGAUAUGAAGGCGACGGAGAAACGUGUACACCUAAAGGAGUAAGUCGAACCAGUCCCUGCGCGUCCAACCCUUGUCAAAAUGGCGGACAGUGCAUUGACAAUGGUAAGGGAGGCUAUGCAUGUAUGUGUGAAGAAGGUUUCUCCGGCGAGAACUGUGAACUUCCUGUUGGAGCAAGGCCACCAGAAGAUCCAUGCAAGUCCAACCCUUGUAAGAACGGUGGAACAUGUCACAAUGCUAACGGUCAAGCAAUAUGUGAAUGCUCGAGUGGGUUUACAGGUGAUACUUGUGAGCUGCCAGUAGGACAGAGACCUCCUGAUGGCGGCGAGGGAGAACUUCCAACAGGACAAAACAACAAGUGUCAUCCCAACCCCUGUCUUAAUGGUGGUACCUGCCAUGAAAAUGGCUCAGGCUACGAUUGCUCUUGUCAGCCACAGUACAGCGGUCCUAACUGCGAGAGUAAGCUCAAUUCUUUAAAGCAACUUCAAAGUUGUGGUUCCUGUUGUUGA